AUGUGCAGCUGCUUCUGGCAGAAGAUGGAUGCUGACCAUGGCGAUCUCGGCGACGUUGUCCGCCGCGGUGCCGGCGGAGGCUGCGGAGUGCCUCCACGUGCCGGCCAACACGUGCCAGAGCUUGCAGGCUUCCCUCCACCGGAGAGAUCCAACGACGACUUUGGAGACCCCUUCUCCAGCUUCCGCGACCCUCUUCUCCAUGAUCUUGGUGGCGGCGCGGCCUUCUUCGGCGGCGCAGAUGCGGUGCCGGUGCUUGGCCAGGCGCCAGUGGUGGGUAGUGGUGGCGACUUCUCUAGGGUUCUGCAGAUCUCAUCCGCUGCCAAGGCAGCUGCACCCACGGUGUCUCCUCCUGCAGUGUUUACACCUUCCGCCAUCCUCAGCGGCGAGAUGGCGACCUCUCCUCUGGACCAGGGGGAGUUUCAGAUCUCCUCGCCUCCGAGUCCAGACAUGAAAAGAAGGUCUUGAUUUACUUCUCUAAAUUGAUUUCCAUCACCGUCUAUCUGGGUUCUGGCGAGAUCUAACUCUGGAUUCUAGGCGAAUAGACAGCUCUUCAUAUCGAUCUAAGAGUUUAUCUCUCUAUUGUCCAUAUCCCGGGCUCGAACAUUUCACGGACCAGUUCGAGAACCUAGCGUUCCUUCAGGGGAAAAACUUUUAGGGUUUUUCAGUCUUCUCCAUGAAACAUUUCCGUCGUUCCCCAAUACUUGUACCCGUGAACCUAUUAACUUCAUGCAAUGGGCAUGUAAAACGAGACUUUUGAUCAUUCUCCUCUCAUUCUUAGCUUUGAUGUGCGCGAUGAAAAGGCCUAGCAUUUUCUCGGAAUCAAAUAGGAAACCUUAAGCUGUUCUAUAAGAUAAUCUGUGCUGUAGAGGAAAGAUAAUCUUCGGGGUAACAGUGUAUUGAUGGGAGACCUUGAGAGAACAAAACCUAGUAGAUUUGAUAGAAAGGGAUGACUGAAAAGACUGUGAUCUGAGGACACACUCACCCUCGGUCUCCAUCUCUCUUCUCUCUCUCUCUCUCUCUCUCUCUCUCUCUCUUUCUUUCCCCAGAGAAUGUUGCCUGCGAUCUUGGCUUUGAUGACAAACCCCAGUAGAAAGUGCAAGCAUAUCACUCCAUAAACCCACAUUAUCCUUUAUGAGAGCAAUCAAAACCUCAUCUUCCUUUCAACUCGCAAAGGCUUCACUUUUACGGUCAUUUGCGUUGAUAAUAUCUGAGAUGGGUGGAAUUCGCCCGUCAUCCGGAAGGAUCUCCCAGAUAUAAUGACUUGGAAAGAAGGAGCGCCGGGAGAUCUCUCUUUGUCUUGCUCUUUCCUCCGUCCUCAUUAGUCCGCAUAACAGAGAAGAAUCUGAUGCCCCCUUUGUCACACAGGAAAAGCCAGACCAAGAAGGUGGUCUGCAUCCCUGCACCACCAGCGAGCAGUAGCAGACCAGGCGGAGAUGUCAUCCCCCCUGACCUGUGGGCGUGGAGAAAGUAUGGGCAGAAACCCAUUAAGGGUUCUCCCUAUCCAAGGUAAUUUCCAAUUUUGAAUCCCCUCUAUCCGACCUUAUCAUAGUACUAUGAUCUUAAAGAGGAAAAGAAAAUGGUCUUAGAGACGAGUUAUGGAGCCUACCGUUGUUAAGAUGCGUUCAUGUGGGAUGAAGAGAUGAAGGAGAGAAUCUUUGCGUCUCCACAAUUAUUUUGGAACAGUAAUCAAUCUGAGAUCUUCUUUUUAAAUAUGAGAGUUUCAUCUAUGCGCUUGAUAUUUUCUAUCAUAAGAAAAUUGCAAUUUUGAUGUUUUUUUAAUCUCGGUUUUGUGAUUACGCCAUCAGUGCUUAUGAUCUUUUCAGAAAGGGCACAGAGAGAGAGAGAGAGAAGCCUGAUCUUGGAGGGGUUGAAAAUGGUGAUAGAGAUGACAAUUAUGUUCUCACACUCGCUCAUCAAGAUUAGGGCACUUGCGAAUGAAGCGACCGAGGAAGAAGAUAUCAUCGCUUAGAAGAAGGAUGGUUCCGAGGUUUACCGAGGAAAACGAGUAUUUUUCAUAUAUUUCCGAGAUUAUACCAUUAGCCCAUAUUCUAGUAUUAAUCAGAAACUACUAUGAGCCUUCUCCCUCUAAUCACUGUUAAUUGGUUUACAAUAACAAAGUUGUGAAAUAGUUCGAAUGCUCCGAGAGAGGGGAUGUCUAAUGGCGGUCUCUGCGUUCGAUUCAGGGGUUAUUACAGGUGCAGCAGCUCGAAAGGGUGCUCGGCGAGGAAGCAAGUGGAGCGGAGCCGGUCAGACCCCAAUAUGCUAGUCAUCACUUACACCUCAGAGCACAACCAUCCAUGGCCGACCCAGAAGAACUCCCUGGCAGGUUCCACGAGGUCUCAGCCAGUGAGAAGUGGUGCCACCGCGAUGAGGGUGGGUUCCUCUAGUAACCAGAGGCCGGCUGUGGGGGAGGCGGCGGCGGCGGCGGCGACCGCCGCUGAGGGUCUGUUCGCCGGUUUGAGAGAGAUGGGGAUAGCAGGCGAGGAGAGAGAAGGACCGAGAACGGGCGCUACUGCAGAUAGGUUCGCCAUGUUCGACUGGGGAGGAAAUCCAUUUGGGGAAACUAAGAACUGGGGUCUAUAG